AUGGCUUCUCUGCACUUAGAAGAUGGUAGUGAGCAGCUGAGCACAGCAGACUUGACAAGAAGGCUGUCAUGUUCACAAGCCCUGGAAUUUCAGCACGCAGGCGCGAACUCACUGAGUGAAAGGUCUGUGGUUCGAACCCAACCUCAACAUCCCAACUUCUCCUGUCUAAGCCUGGGCGACGACGCAGUAUCUCGGCCCUUGUACUUCAUUCGGACGGCAUGGCCGAUAGGCACCGAAAAGGUGUUGCAGCUGGACGACUCUUAUCAUUAUCAGUAUAUUCCACGUCCGACCCUCAAGAAGUUGCCUACGGUUAAGUGUUCCUUGAAGUACCCAACUCUGUACGACGCCAAACUAGAGCCUGGCAAAAUGCGAAUGAGACAUUUGAUAAGAUGGACGGCCGAUCGAGCUUGUCUUCUCGUGAGAUGGCCCAAGUGGUUAGAGCGCGAAUUUACUGACCGAAAGGUCCGUGGUUCGAAUCCAACCUCUGCUUUUCGACUUCCCCUGUCUAGGCUUGGGCAGCCUGGCAGUAUCCCAGCCCUCGUGCAACUUUCGGGUGACAUGGCAGUUAGGCACCGAAAGGGUGCUGCAGCUGGACGGAUCUCAAAAAAGUUGAUAGGUUUAAAUGCCGUCUUUGAAAGCAUAGAAUACGAUCAACCGGGGAGCCAUAAAUCUGAGGGCAUGCGUGAAAAAGCUGUAUUGAAGUUGUACUGCUUGCGUGAUUAG